UGAGUGACGAUGGCAGGGAGGACGUGACCCGCACGGACCCUCGUCCAUCCAGGGAGUGGCACCACCAUGCAGAAGCCCAGUGGCCUGAAGCCCCCUGGCCGUGGGGGGAAACACUCGAGCCCUGUGGGCCGGACGUCCACUGGGUCCACCUCGGCCUCUGCCACAGCGGUGGCCACCGGCUCCAAGGAAGGCUCCCCCCUGCACAAGCAGGCCUCGGGCCCCUCCUCUGCAGCCGCCACCCCCGAGAAGCCCGGCACGAAGGCGGCUGAGGUGGGCGACGACUUCCUGGGGGACUUCGUGGUGGGCGAGCGGGUGUGGGUGAACGGCGUGAAGCCGGGCGUGGUGCGCUUCCUGGGUGAGACGCAGUUCGCGCCGGGCCAGUGGGCGGGCGUGGUGCUGGACGAGCCGGUGGGCAAGAACGACGGCGCCGUGGGCGGCCUGCGCUACUUCGAGUGCCCGGCCCUGCAGGGCAUCUUCACGCGGCCCUCCAAGCUGACCCGGCAGCCCACGGCCGAGGGCUCGGGCAGCGACGCCCACUCGGCAGAGUCGCUGACCGCCCAGAACCUGUCGCUGCACUCAGGCACAGCCACGCCGCCGCUCGGCAGCCGCGUGGUUCCCCUGCGGGAGAGCAUCCUCAACAGCUCCGUCAAGACAGGCAACGAGUCGGGCUCCAACCUCUCCGACAGUGGCUCUGUGAAGCGGGGUGACAAGGACCUGCGCCUGGGAGACCGCGUGCUGGUUGGCGGGACGAAGACUGGCGUGGUGCGGUAUGUGGGGGAGACAGAUUUUGCCAAGGGCGAGUGGUGUGGCGUGGAGCUGGACGAGCCCCUUGGGAAGAACGAUGGGGCAGUGGCAGGCACCAGGUACUUCCAGUGCCCACCCAAGUUUGGUCUCUUCGCACCCAUCCACAAGGUGAUCCGCAUUGGCUUCCCGUCCACCAGCCCGGCCAAGGCCAAGAAGAGCAAGCGCAUGGCCAUGGGCGUCUCGGCCCUGACCCAUAGCCCCAGCAGUUCCUCCAUCAGCUCUGUCAGCUCCGUGGCCUCUUCCGUGGGGGGCCGGCCCAGCCGCAGCGGCCUGCUCACGGAGACCUCUUCGCGCUACGCCCGCAAGAUCUCGGGCACCACAGCCUUGCAGGAGGCUCUGAAGGAGAAGCAGCAGCACAUUGAGCAGCUGCUGGCUGAGCGGGACCUGGAGCGGGCCGAGGUGGCCAAGGCCACGAGCCACAUCUGCGAGGUGGAGAAGGAGCUCGCCCUGCUCAAGGCGCAGCACGAGCAGUAUGUUGCAGAAGCAGAGGAGAAGCUGCAGCGGGCCCGGCUGCUCGUGGAGAGCGUGCGGAAGGAGAAGGUGGACCUGGCCAACCAGCUGGAGGAGGAGAGGAGGAAGGUGGAGGACCUGCAGUUCCGAGUGGAGGAGGAGUCCAUCACCAAGGGAGACCUGGAGACCCAGACGCAGCUGGAGCACGCACGCAUUGGGGAGCUGGAGCAGAGCCUGCUACUGGAGAAGGCGCAGGCCGAGCGGCUGCUCCGAGAAUUAGCCGACAACAGGCUGACCACGGUGGCCGAGCAGUCGCGUGUGCUGCAGCUGGAGGAGGAGCUGAGCCUGCGGCGGGGCGAGAUCGAGGAGCUGCAGCAGCGUCUGCUGCACUCAGGCCCACUGCCCCCCGACCACCCCGAGGCUGCCGAGACCCUGCGGCUGCGCGAGCGGCUGCUGUCGGCCAGCAAGGAGCAGCAGAGGGAGAGCGGCGUGCUGCGGGACAAGUACGAGAAGGCCCUGAGGGCCUACCAGGCCGAGGUGGAGAAGCUCCAGGCGGCCAACGAGAGGUACGCGCAGGAGGUGCUGGACCUCAGGGCCAAGGUCCAGCAGGCCACCAGCGAGAACAUGGGGCUCAUGGACAACUGGAAGUCCAAACUGGACUCGCUGGCCUCGGACCACCAGAAGUCCCUGGAGGACCUCAAGGCCACCCUGAACUCGGGCCCGGGCGCCCAGCAGAAGGAGAUCGGGGAGCUGAAGGCCGUGAUGGAGGGCAUCAAGAUGGAGCACCAGCUGGAGCUGGGCAACCUGCGGGCCAAGCACGACAUUGAGACCGCCAUGCACGUGAAGGAGAAGGAGGGCCUGCGGCGGGAGCUGCGCGAGGCCCAGGACCAGCGCCGCGAUGCCGAGCUGCGGGUGCACGAGCUGGAGAAGCUGGACGUGGAGUACCGGGGCCAGGCGCAGGCCAUCGAGUUCCUCAAGGAGCAGAUCUCCCUGGCCGAGAAGAAGAUGCUGGACUACGAGACGCUGCAGCGGUCGGAAGCCCAGAGCAAGCAGGAGGCCCAGAGGCUGCGGGAGAAGCUUCUGGUUGUUGAAAGCAGACUCCAGGCUGCCGAGUCCCUGUGCUCGGCCCAGCACACCAACAUGACUGCGUCAAACGACCUUUCUGGGGAGAAGAUUGGGAUGAAGGAGACCGGGGAAGGACUGCAGGACAAGCUAAACAAGAGGGACAAAGAGGUGACAGCCUUGAUGUCCCAGACCGAGAUGCUCAGGGCCCAAGUAAGUGCACUGGAGAGCAAAUGCAGGUCCGGAGAGAAGAAGGUGGACGCCUUGCAGAAGGAGACACAGCGCCUGGAGGCCGAGCUGGGGGCCGUGUCCCGGAAGACCCACGAUGCCUCGGGCCAGCUGGUCCUGGUCAGCCAGGAGCUGCUCAGGAAGGAGCGGAGCCUGAACGAACUGCGAGUGUUGCUGCUGGAGGCUGGUCGCCACUCCCCAGGCCCCGAGAGGGACCUGAGCCGUGAGGUCCACAAGGCUGAGUGGCGGAUCCAGGAGCAGAAACUCAAGGACGACAUCCGGGGCCUGCGUGAGAAGCUGAGCGGGCUGGACAAGGAGAGGGCCCUGUCGGAGCAGAGGCGCUGUUCGCUCAGCGACCCGUCCUCGGCGCCCGAGCUCCUACGGCUGCAGCGCCAGCUGAUGGGCACGGAGGACGCGCUGCGCGCCGCGCUGGACCAGGCUCAGCAGGUGGAGAAGCUCGUGGAGGCCAUGAGGAGCUGCCCCGACAAGGCCCAGGCCCUCGCCAGCUCCGGCUCUGCCAACGGCGUCCACCAGCAAGACCAGGCCCAGGAACAGGAGGACAAGCACUGACCCUGAGGGACACCGUGGAGCGACCCAGUCCACACCACACCUCUCCGGCCUGCCCCAGCAGUGCCCCUUCCAGGCAGGGGCCAGGGCUGUCACUUUGGAGACAAGAACAGUGUUUGUAACAAUAACGUCCCCACCGCCGAGGACAGUCCC